AUGGAAGAGCCUGAGAAGUCGAUCUAUCGAUGGCUGUCACGAGUGACACAUGGUGAACAAACCCCUGGUGCAUCUGGUGCAGGAACACUGUCUGGAGCGCCAUACAUAUGUCCUUCUCUCACCGGACUUGCUGAGAGUCCGGGCUAUGACGGGCCAGCCUAUCCAUUGGAGAGUUACUCAGCAGUACUGGAGCCCACAGGUUGCGCCCCGCAAUCCCAAUGGCUUAAUCCCAGAAAGCGGACGAGGGAAAGGGCCACUCGCCAGAAACCUCCUCGAGACGAGCCAUGCCCGGCGAAACCCGACGAGUAUGAACGUAAGCCACGACCCAAAACUCGGAAAUAUCAGUACGAAUACAUUACAACUGGCUCUCCAACAAGGAAUCUGUCAGAAGUCCCUGAACCUAAGGCCAAAAGACAACGCCGGAGCAGGAAGCAGAGCAUGAAUGAUGGGUUUCGUGCGACCAAUGUUGCUCGGAAGAGACUUACGCUCACCAGCACUGCGAAUCUGGGAAUAUUCCGCAAGGGCAGGGCAUCAUCUCCCACCAAACGUCGCAACGUUCCCAAUUUCGCAUUUUCUGAGACAAUCCUCCUGUCGCAGAACACUUCAGGCAAUGGGCGGGUCUCUAUGUCUGCCGUCAAUGAACCGAAAAAACAAAAGGAAAUAAGCCACGAUUACGACUUGUCCAGUUUUCGGUCCUGUAACGCUCCAAAGAAACGCGACCUUGAUCUUGACAUUGCAUCUUCACAAAGUCCAGCACAAUACAUUGGGCAAUUUGAGCCGAUUGACGCUACCAGCUCUCUCCGUCGUCCCUCACCCAAUAAAAUAACGUAUUUUACAGGUCCGACAAAGAUGACGAUCGUUGCUCCCGAUGCAAAAGCCUUUGACAGCCAGGCAGUAGAAGUCUCACACUAUAGCCGGCCUGCUACGCCAUAUACUUGGUCUGCGAGUGGUCGGGCAACGGCGUCACUGGGUGCCGUUAUUCAGGAUCAUUUGUUAAACACUCUUCAUGUCGGCCUGUUUCCGAAGCUCCAAACUAGCUCAGAGAUUGGAGUCGGCUCAAAGUAUUACUACAGCCUCCAUGACCUGAAGAUGCUUUUGGAAGCCCGCAAAGAAUCUUGGCGGUCGAAUGACAAUGGUAAAGAAGCAACUUUUCAGCCUGCCCCCAUCCUCAACCCCUCACAACAGCUAGCGACACAGUCUCCUGAUAUUGAGGAAGAUGCGGAAGGCUCAAUCUUCAAUUUCAACACUGCACAUGCAGAGAGAAGUAUGACCCCAGGUCUUGGCGAAACUCGCAAGGGCGAUGCCCUUUUGGGGUCACAACUUCAGGAUGAUUUCAACGGAAAUACCAUCAGCAGUCUCCUUUCAUCGCAGAGUCAGAAAAUGAGCAAACCUCCCAUUAGUGAUGCAGAUGCCUUCUUUCGAGCUUUAGAUGCAGAGUUCUGCGCAAUCAUGGAACCUUCAAACAAUUACCUGGAGCACGCUCGUCGGAGUUCAAAGACUGAACCAACGCUGGAGGUCGAUCAAGACGCAGAUACUCCAUUGAGAACACAAAUCACCUCAUUCGAUGAUGAAAUAAGCUCCCUCGACUUUGAUCAAUCUGGUAGCGGAAUUGGGUAUUCCGCAUCACACCCGAUCCCAGACUAUCACGCACAGGUCGAGCUUGCAACACGUCCAAUCAAUCGCCGAAUGUUACCCUUGCCAUUCAUGAGUAACGAUUGCAUCAAGAAGACUUCAAAUCAUGCGCCCAAGGCUAGCUCAACGCAGCCAUGGUCUGCUCUGACGGCCGCAUCGGCUGUCAAGCAUACAACAUUACCAUCCGGGUUUUGGCGUCAGAACAAGUUAUACUAA